AUGUUGAAGAAGUUCAAUUACUUUGAGUGUAAGCCCACACCAACACCAACACCUUAUGAUCCCAACGUUCAUUUAAAGAAAAAUCAAGGUGAACCGUUUUCUCAACUGAAGUACUCCCAGAUGAUAGGUUCUUUGUUGCACAUUGCAAAUAAGACUAGGUCAAACAUUGCUUAUGUUGUUGGAAGAUUAAGUAAGUAUACACAUAACCCAAGCAAGGAACAUUGGAAUGCUUUGGAAAGAGUUUUCAAGUACCUAAGAGGAACAAUGGAUUAUUCACUGUGCUAUAAAGGAUUUCCAAAUGUAGUUGAGGGAUAUAGUGAUGCAAAUUGGAUAACAGACAAUGAAGAAGUGAAGUCUACUAGUGGUUACAUUUUCUUAUUGGGUGGAGCUGAAAUUUCAUAG